ACUCCGCAAAAUGAGUGGCAAAGUACACAGACGAGAUAAAAACUCGUUUCAGGAUCAAAGCGUAUUAUAGGGUAAUAUUCGGAAUCGAGAUUGCGUAACGCUCGAGUGUGUCGCGUCAGCCGUCUAGAAAAUCAUGGGCGACAUCGUAAAAUUCCAUUUGAACCUCUUUAAAUCGUCCCUUAACAAUGCGUUUUCUGGGAAAGAACCGUGGCAAAUCGUCACCCUCACGACGAGCAGUGUUUUGUUUGCCGUGUGGCUGUACGACUUUUUGAACCAAGACGAGACUAUUACCGAAAGGUUCAAAAAAGCGGCCUUUAAGUUAGCGAAAAGGAUCCCGACGAUUCAACAAAAGAUCGACGAGGAGUUGAAAACGAUCGCCGCGGAUUUCGAAGCGGAAAUGAGUAAACAGGCCGCUCACUUGAGCUACAUCACAAACCUACCUCCCAGCGGACUUUCAACGGACAACAUUUUAAAGAAAAUCAACGAAAACUUGGCUUUGGGGGCUUACCGGUGGAAAGAAGGUUGCGCCUCGGGCGCCGUUUACUGCUACGACCCCGACCUAAUGAGUCUCGUGGCGCAGAUUUACAAACUGACCUCAUAUACAAACCCGUUGCAUCCCGAUUUAUUCCCGGGGCUGUGCAAAAUGGAAGCGGAAGUUGUUAGGAUAGCCUGUAACUUGUUCCACGGGGACGACAAUUCGUGCGGGACGAUGACUACGGGUGGUACCGAAUCGAUCAUAAUGGCUUGCAAAGCUCACAGGGACUACGCCAAGAACAACAGGGGUGUGAAAAGACCCCAAAUUGUAGUACCCGUUACCGUUCACUCUGGUUUUGAUAAAGCCGCUCAAUAUUUGGGUCUGAGAGUGAAGUACAUCCGGGUAGAUCCCCAGACCUACCAAGUCGAUAUUAAGGCAAUGAAAAGGGCGAUUAAUCGGAACACUAUUAUGCUUGUAGGCUCGGCUCCGAAUUUCCCGUACGGCACGAUGGACGACAUAGCUGCCAUUUCCGAACUCGGGAUUAAAUACGGCAUACCGGUGCACGUAGAUUCAUGUUUGGGUGGGUUCUUGACGUGUUUUAUGGAAGAAGCCGGCUAUCCGACGCCCCCUUGCGAUUUCCGUUUGCCCGGCGUGACCAGUAUUUCAGCCGAUCCCCACAAGUACGGUUUCACCCCCAAAGGUACUUCGGUCGUCUUGUAUCGUGACAAAAAGUACUUACAUCAUCAGUACACUGUCACCACCGAUUGGGUGGGUGGAGUCUACGGUUCACCGACCGUUAACGGGUCGAGGGCGGGGGGUAACAUAGCAGUGUGUUGGGCCACAUUGUUAAACUUCGGAACUGAGGGCUACAUUAAAGCCACCAGGGAUAUUGUUCACACAGCACGGUACAUCGAGAAGGGGUUAAGGCGGUUGAAACCUAUCUUUGUCUUUGGCCAGCCGGCCACCAGCGUGGUCGCUAUCGGGUCUAACGAAUUCGAUAUAUACCGGUUGUCUGACGCCUUGCAAAAAUUGGGCUGGUGUUUGAAUAUAUUGCAGUUUCCUUCUGGGAUUCACAUUUGCGUCACUUUAAUGCAUACGAAGCCUGGCGUGGCAGAUAAAUUUUUAAAUGAUGUAAAAUCCAGCUUGACGGAGAUCAUGAAAGAUCCCGGAGUACCCGUCGAGGGAAAGAUGGCUCUAUACGGCACCGCACAGAAACUCCCGGAUCGAAGUAUCGUCAGCGAAAUCACCAAGUGUUAUUUGGACUCCAUGUAUUUUAUCCCCAAGAACAAGCAGUAACUGCCCAGUACUUAACACGAUACUUUUGUGUAUUUGUUACGAUUUUUACACAAUCCCAUCUCAAAAAUUAUUUUGUUGGUUAUGUAACGAAAUUUUGAAUAAAAGCUUACGCCAUUAUUU